AGGGAAGAAUUCCUGCAUCCAUUGUUACAUUGUAACAAACGGGGCCGGGGCGAAACCGGGGGAGAAAAGGCGUCUUCUCCGUUUGGACAUUUAAACCGUAUCGACAUUAAAACCACCAAAAUAAAAGCCUCCCCGCGUUUGAAGCGAGAAGACAGCGAAGGGAAGCACCGCCGACUGAAGCCGCCCCGGGGGGAGAGAAAAAAGGAUAAAGCAGAAACAAAUGUCAGCGGAUUUCUCCAUCGCAAGCUUUUCAAGAUAAGGCGAUUCAUUCAGCUGUUUCAUUUGUUUUCCCCGAAAAUAUGUGGAAAAAUGUGUCGGGAUAAGUCAUAUGACGCCCCUCUGCUUUCUCUUUAAAUAGAGAGGCAUGCAACAUUUACUAAAUAAAAGCAGGCAGUAUGCAGAACAAUGAACAUGGAGCCUAAGUAGCCUUAUUAUAGUCAGUGCAAAGUGAGUGCAAAUUGACAGUCACGCAAGAAUUCAGCCAGAUCUCCACGGUUGCAGACUGGAUCUUUCAUUCAAAGGGGGGUUUCAGUCUUUUUUUUGACACUAGCUCGUCUCAAAGGGCGUUGAAAGAUUGAUGUGCAGCUCACACUGGAAAGAGAAACAACCUACAGGCUGCUUGGAAUAAGGGUCCCUGUUUCUGCCCCAGGUAAGAGGGUUUAGUAUUUCAUUAACCGGGCGGUUUGCCAUUGUGUGUGUGUGUGUGUGUGUGAGAGAGAGAGAGAGAGAGAGAGAGAGAGAGAGAGAGUGUGUGAGUGUGUGUGUGUAAAAUGGGAGCAUAGAGAGGCCGGUCACACACUGAUAAUACCCAACCACCCCCCCCAAACACACAGUGUGGUCAGUUACUGCAUGCACACAGUUAAACAAAUACAGCACCAACACUGCAUGUCCCUGAAGGUAAAUCCACACUGUAGUAUCUGUAGUAUUUGCUGCCACAUCCUUUAACUUAACAGGACGAUGACUGUGGUUUUCUCAAGGGAAAUGAGCCAAUCAGAAUCCAGCCAUUGCUCUAUUUUCUCAAUAUGAGACCCAGUUGUGGUAAUGAAGCAUAUAGACGCUGCAUGGUGCAUCUUACACACCUGCACAUCCUCUCUCAGAGUCCAGAUUGUGUAGAAAUCUCAAUCAGAAGAGGUACGUAAAUGCAACAUGCGCCUAAAUGCUGGAUUUGAGUGCUAUUCAAUUGACUUUGCAUAGUAAUGAAACAAAUAACAGCAUUCCCCUGAGCUCCAAAACAUUAUCUGAUUACUUUGGCACCCUGGGCUUAUGCUUUUAGCCAGAUAUAUAGGACAGAAAGCCUUCAUAAUCAAUCAUAUUGCAGUAAAAGUACUGUGUCUGCUGCAGUCCAGGAUCAGCCUCCUCAUGACAUUAUCACUGCACACUCCCUUUACUUAGCCAAGGACGAGUCAAAUUUGAAGAUAUGGAAAUGCAACACAUAGUAGGUCCAACAUGAGGGUGCAGUGAAGGAUUGCCCACUAGCUUGAGUGGACAAUGGGCCAUUUGGAGGUGCUGCAUAACCUUACACCAAGAGGCCUUUUUAUGCAUGUAGAGUUGAAUAAUAAGAAGCUUUUCUCCCUUGCGUCUGCAGUUUACAUCCUGAUAAUUACAGUUUGCACAUUUUCAUUAUUCAUCACAGACAUUACACAACGUACAUCACACCUAUUGUGAGCUAAAAUAACAAAUGACUCAACACAAUCUCAAAACAGACAAGACAAAUGUAAAAUUGUCCGUAUACAGAGAGUGAUGUGUCAUUACACAGGAGGUAUAAUCACAUUAAUUCAACAUGCUCAGCCCACUCCUGCUCCUGCCAUCGAUCACCUCUGACUUAAUUCACUCAUAUCAGUCUCUUUUGCGCAAAUUAUUCCUAAAGAGGGAGAGUGGUGGAGCUGAAGAAAUCAUCUGUUUUCAUGCCGUUCAGAUGCUUGACUAGUUGCUAUGGCGACGUUUGCAGACUUGACGAUUUUUGAAGUAAGAUUUCAUGAGAGACCGGGAGGAAAUGAUGGGAGCUGGAGAACAGAUGAGAAGAGACAGGAGCAAAUAGCUGAUGUCACCUUUUGUUUGCUUGUUUGUAUGUGCAGAAGUGACCCGACAGGAAGACUGGAGCGAAUGUGUGGCAUGAGGGACGUUUUAGCAGAAGUUUGUAUGAUGAAUCCACUGAUGUGUUGCCUAUGGCUCUGUUGUGUUUAUUUGUAUCAUCAGACAGCGAGUUUCCAUGGAGGCAGGUUCGUCCCUCAGCCUCAAACGCAGAUAUGAAGAGGUGGACAACAGCUCUCCAUUCUCUACAUCUAAAGACUCAGACGAUGACAUCUCCAGCAGUGACAGCGCUGACAGCUGCGACAGCCUCAACCCCCCCUCCAGCACCACAUUUAACCGUAGGGGACUUGGCAGAAACUUUCAAACCCCCAGAAAUGGAUCAAUAACUAAUAUGUGUUAUAAACCAUCUCACUUUACUUCCUUACCUCCUCAGCCACCUCCAUCCUCAGGCAGCACAAGCCCUCACCGGGUGGCAAACGGGUGCGUUUCGAUGUGGUGACGGUGUACUACUUCCCCCGGAGGCAGGGGUUCACCAGCGUGCCCAGCCAGGGGGGCAGCUCCCUGGGAAUGGCACGCCACCACUCCUCCAUCAGACACUACACGCUGGGUGAAUUCGCACGGGAGCAGGAGACCAGCCACCGACACACUUUACGCCAACACCUGCGCCAAGAGAAGCUCAACGCACGCAAGAUGAAGGUAGAGUUCACGUUUUAUCACAGAGUGUGGGGAAGGGAUGAGUCUAAACGCAACCUCCUCCUGCUCCAAAGUGCCUCACUGUGUUAAGGUUAAGUGUACAAUAAAUUUGCACAUGAUGUCUCCUCAUAAAAGAGCAUCUUCCCUUAAUUGAACGAUCUCAGUUUGCGAGCUCUACCCUUGAAACUACUUUUUUUUUACUCCUACUUUAAAAAUCAAGUUUCUUCAUCAGUUCUAAUAAAAAGUUCAUUUUUAUGCAACUUUUUUUAUAUUUUCACUCACCGACAUGCCAAAGAGUAAUGCACUCUCAUAAUCUAAUGACUUUGGCCGACAGCUGAGGUGACUUGUAAAUAUUUGUGCUUUAAGAUGUCACUUCUGUUACUGUUAUCCAGGUUCUGUAUCAUGCAGAACAUGUGCAAUAUUAUUAUUGAACAAUCUGUUUUUUUCUUUACCAAUACAUCAGUAAAGGGCACCUAGAUAUAUGCAGCUCACAGGCGCUAUACAAGAUAUAUAUAAGUGAUAAAAAGUGUAUUGAAUCUCACAGUCUCAUCUUGUAUCCUGUUGUUGGUUUUUGGAUCAUAAUCAAUUGCAUCAUAUUGGGUGCAAUAUCAAUAAUAUAUUGUGUCUAUCAUCCUGUAAUACAGUACUGAAUUAAAAGAACUGUAUCAUAUCAUAUCAUGUCAUAUCAUAUUUCAUGAUAUGUCCUGUCAUACGAUAUCAUACUGCAUGUCAUAUUGUAUCCCACCGUAGCCCAUGUUUCAGUUUUGCAGAGUUGUGUUCUGAUCUGUUAUAUCCCAUAAUAUCAUUUAAUACCAAAUUUUAUCCUGCCCUUUUAUAGAGUAUCACACUAUACUGUAUCAUCACAUUUCAAAUCAUUGUAUUUUAAAAUAUGUUAAAAUAUUAUUUACAAUAGUAACUAUCAUGUUUAUAGUUUUGCAUAAUCCAACUCCUUUUGACUUGUGACAUGAGUCAAUUAAAUGUAGAAGUCUUUUAGUUGUUGGCAACAAAACAAGAGACAGACUGUCAUCCCGACCUGUCAUUUUCUCCUAUUUGAAGAACCCUUAUGAUUUAAAAAUACCCUUUAUUCAUCCUGAAGUGUACUUAAAAACUAAAACUGUUUUUUUUAAUGCUCCCACACCAUUUAUCAUCUUUUAUCAAUAAUACAUGCUGCGGUGGCUCCAGCCCAGGGAAAUGGAAGCGCUGGACAAAGCUUUAAAAAACCAUUUGAAUUUUUACUACAACUACUUAUUGGCCAGCCACAGCAGUAAAAUACUGUUUAUGAAUUGAUGCGUCAGUGUUAACAAUCCAGCAGUGUCAUAUAUUUUAUAUUGUAUGUAUUUGUUCUGCGGCCAAUUAUCUGCAGAGAAAGCUGGGACUGAAAUAUCAGUUUUAAUGAGGAGGGCAUCAGACUCUAAUUAUCCUCAUCUCACAGGUGUUUAUGUCUUUCAUCCACAGCUGACAAGGAACGGCACCGUGGAGUGCGCUCAAGCAGACCUGCUGACUCUGGAUGACGUUUCAGAUGAGGACCUCGAUGUGGACGGUGUGGAGGUGGAUGACUGCUUCUUCCUCCAGCCGCUGCCCACGAAGCGCCGCCGAGCUCUCCUGCGAGCGUCUGGCAUCGCCCGCAUAGAUGCGAGAGAGAAAGCCGAGCUGAGAGCCAUCCGGGUGUCGAGGGAGGAAUGUGGCUGCGACUGCCGCUUGUACUGCGACCCCCGCCACUGCGGCUGCAGCCAGGCUGGCAUCAAGUGCCAGGUAAGAGCCGCGUCUGAACAGAGAGAGGAAAAACUGUGUGUGUUUAAUAGAGAUCUGAAUGAGUCAGACUUCACUGCUGAAUUUAAAUGUGCUCUGUAUUAAUUUAAAGUCAUGUAAGCACUUUAUUUUCCCAUAGGCCUUCCUCUGAAAAUCUUUCUCCUCAUAAAACUAAUGAUGCCUGAAUUCCAUUAAGCUGGAUCAGUUCAGGGUUCUUUGUCUUGUGCAUGCUCGCUCACUGUCAUGGCUUACUGAGACGGCUGAAUGGAGGGAUACAGUCAUUAUUAUUACUAUGACAUGUCAAGCUGUCUGCUACAACAAAGGCCUCUUCCUGCCAUUUUUAGGGACUGUCAGAGGAUUUGAUUUAAUAUCCAACUCCGGUUUAUUCGCUGAUUUAUUAAACAAGUGAAAUGAUUCCUGUGGAACUAUAAUUUUGUCUGGAAAUAUGAAAAAAAAUUACAAUUUGGUCACAGUGAAAAGGACAGUGUUUUCAUAGACGAACUCUGGUUCUUUUCUGCCUGCAGACCCUUAAAACUAGUCGCUCCCUCUUCGUCAUUUUCCAGUAACUUUAGGUUAUUGAAUAUUUUUUUCAUUUUAAUGAUUCUAUAUACUGCUGUGAUGCCACUCCUAUUUCAUAAUUUUCUGAGAUUCAUAUACGCUAACAUAAAUGUUGUUUAAUUUUAAAGCUCCUGCAAGGAACCUUUGACUUGUGUAGAAUUUAGCGCCCCUUGUGGACAAAGCAGGUUUUCUUAUCUUGUCCCCUCUGCCAGAAAAAUCUCAUAUUUCUGACUUGAAACAGUAAAAUUGAGAAUUUAUUGUAAAUAUUUUAUGUAAAAACCUAAAAUCAGGGCUGUUUCUCCACCUGCUUUGCUGACACCUACCCCCUCCCACAGGUUUCAGGUAUUAAAAAUUACAAUAUAAAACUCAUAAAUUAUGUUUCUGUUAUUCUUGUUUGCUUUCAUAAAUCACAAAAAGGCCCUAAAAUUAAUUCAUGUCUAUUUUAUAAACUUAAAAAAAAUCCUCACAGGAGCUUUAAGUUUUUAAACAUGACUUUUUAAAACACAGUUUUUGGCCAUGAAAUGUGCUAAUACUUCUACUAGUAACAAUGACUGAUUCAUUAAGCAAUUUUAAAAACAGUUUAACCACAAAGUAGAAAUAAAUGAAAGAUUAAGAGCGAAUACAGGGGCAAAAACUACCAAAAUAAAAGCAUAAAGAGUGAGAUGAAAAUAAACAAAUCAAUAAAUGACUAAUAAGUAAAAGUUAUCGAGAACAGUAAAGGAGGGGAUCAGAGGAGGAUUUGUGAACCAAUGGUAACCAUGGUGACCGUGAUGAGGCCAAAGAUUCCAAGUACUCUCUUAAUCUGUUGCUGUUUUUAAAGCUCCUGUGAGGGUUAUGAAACGGACCGAGAUGAACAGUGAUGCAUAUCUAUGAUGAACAAAAGCAAAUUAGACCGUUCAUGACAGGAACACAACGUUCAAACGGGUAAAUCAGAACGUGAGCUUCAGUCACUGUCUGUACUUUUUAAAAAUAAGGAUAAAAUAAGAUCCCAUCUUUGUUUUCUGUCCCCCUCAGGUGGAUCGGAUGUCCUUCCCUUGUGGCUGCUCUCGAGACGGCUGCGGUAACAUAGCGGGCCGCAUCGAGUUCAACCCUCUCCGCGUCAGAACUCACUACCUACAUACCAUCAUGAAGCUGGACCUGGAGAAGAGGAGGAUGCUCAUACAAGGGACUGGAGAGGAGUAUGCAGAGUCUGACCCACUCACCUCCCCCUCCUCCACCUGCUCCACCUCCCCUGACCUCUCCUCCAUCACAGGCCUGGACUCUGAGCUGGAGGAGAGCGAGGUGCAGACUGAGGUGGAGGUUCAGGAUCUCCUUGCAGAGCAGGACAUCCUGGAGCGUGAGAACGAGACAGCUGUGCUGCACCUGCAAAGCGCAGAAGAGCAGGAGAGGAGGGAGAGGGAGGAGGCAGAGGGGGAAGCAGUGCAGGAGCUGGAUGGAGGUCUUGCAGAGCAGCCUCUCUGCCUGCUGCCUGCUACCUUAGAAGCAGAGCAGGCUGAGGUACCUGUUGUGGAGCAGGUUCUUCUUCAGGGGCCGUUUCCUACAGGAACCACAGUGCUGUGCAUCACUGACAACCAAGAGGAGAGUCCCUCGGACCUCCUCAAAGACUCUUCCUCUCUGCUCUACUAUCAGCUCAGCCCGAUUGAGCCUGGAGCGUUUGAGACCCUGCACAGAGAGGAGGAGGCCGAACAGGAGGAUGGCUUUGUGAGAGAACAGGAGCCAGGAGGAGAGAGUGAGGAGAGGAAACAGGAAGGAAGAGAGGAGGCUGAUAACUCUGAGGAGGUCAUCUGCAGGGAGAGUUUGGAGAAAUCUUUGACCAGUGAGCAGCAGGUGGGGAUACAGCAGGGGAGGCCCUCAAGUCCCCUGCAGAGUCUCCCUGAAGAUGAGUGCCAACGGGGCUCCUGCAUGGAGGGAGGAGUAGCUCCGCCUCCUCCUGAAGUUUAGUCUUUACUUCUCUGCAGAAAUUUUGCACAACAGCUUCAUCUAAGAUGAUAAAGAGACACAUUUCCAUUUAAUACUGCUAUCAUGAAGAAUGGUUACAGGCUGCAAACUUUAGCACUGACUGUAAAUGGAUUAUGAGCAGGCUGAAGAAAAGGGGAGAUGAAAGCACAUACAGAUCACUCCCCUGUAGUUAUAUGGAUGCAGUAACAAGGCGACAUUGUGCAUAAUUGUGUUGGGGUUGAUAAAUGCGGCCUUAAUGGAAAAAAAACAUCAAAACAGGUUGUCGAUGAGAAAGUACAGCGAGUUGUGUUCUGUUCAUUUCCAACGCAGCAUAUUGAAAACAAUUUGUGAACGCUGACGUAAGCCUUUUAUGUUUGGUGAGUUAUGAUUCUAUCAACACUGAACACAAACUGUUUUGUACUGCGUUGGAUGUCGAUGUGUUUGGAAACUUCACAGGCUCACUUUCCAUUACAGCAGACCCGUGCUGUAGAAAAGCCAAAUUAAGGCCUCUGGUAGAAUCCUCCGCUGAAAAUAGACCUAAUAAUCCUGGAAAUACUUGUUUUUGUGUACUGUAUAUGCAUUUGUGCAAGACAGGGCCGAGGUUGCUGCUUUUAAUGUGCACAAAGUGAGUAGACUGACCUCUGACUGAAUAUAAGAAGUGGAUGUAGCUCGCUUAUUAGUGUGUGGGACCCUUUUUGAAGCUUCAAAUGUGGAGUUUCCUAAUCGUGGGUGCUUGGGGCUGAGUGUCACUAUUUCGUAAUGACUUGCAGGGUUCAGAGAAGGUGUCUUAUUUUGAGACAGCCAAAAUUAUGGUGUCAAUAUUGAGCUGAAAUAUCUGCCUUAUGUAGGCCUAUUGUCUGACCUUAUGUGUAAUACCUCGGAAUAAGAUUUAUCUUUGGACUUUUUGGAUCAGUUUCACAAAUGUUGAUCAUAAUGAGAUAUUUUGACAAAUGUAGCUUACAAAGCAGAGACUUAUCAGUUUCUGUUGCUUCUGGUCUUUUUUUUUUUUUUACUCGGAAAUGCUCAGUCAGUAAGUUUACAUGCACAGUUAUAGGGCUGGAUUAGGUGAUUUAAAGGGAUAUUCCAGCAUAUCCCUUAUUCCGGAAUAUCCCUUAAAUUUGACCACUUUCCUAAUCCCAGUUUUAACAGAAGCGUACAGAAGCAUGUCCACUACAGUAGAUGGCGACAUUCAAGAGGCUAAAUGAUAUAAAAAUGUCAUUUUUACAGCUCUGUACGCUUUUAUUUUUACGAUAGGAAAGUUAAAUUUCGUCUUUUCUUGUUGCUACCCGGCUUCCUAGCAACGCGUUCAACUUCCGCCUCAAAGAACAAGGGAGCAUGCGCAGAACGCUUCGUUUGAGCGUCUACGUGAAUCGAUUCCCAUCCGCGUUUUCGAGGUAUGUUAGUCCAACUGUGAGGAGUUUGAUUUAGUGCGAUUUUAACCGGACCGUUUAUAUGUUUAAUGAAAGUUAGGUUUUCAGUCGGACCAACGCAAUAAAUCGUUGUUUGAAACUUUACGGUGCAUGUAGGCGUACUGAUCCAAGCAGAAGCAAAGAUAUUAAGACCAUAAACUGAAACAGAUCAUACAACCUUUGACUUGAACGUUACACUAAUGAGCUUCAUCCACUUCUUGUUUAAAGCCUGUAGAGCUGAGGGCAGCUGCUGUCUCCAUUCAUUCAGCAGACUCAAUCUGACCACAGUGGCUGUUACUCACCUUGGACCGCUCGUGCAAAUGCGAUUGAUUUGUCAACAAAAAAACCUAGUUUACCUGUAGUUACAAUGCCUAUGAUAUAACUAAUAUUAUUUCUUUGUGUCUUUUGUGGAUUAGAUGCUGUUGGUUUGAAGUCCUUGCAGUCUGUUUUUUGUUUUUCUAAGAGUGAGAGAAAAUGUUAUUUCUUCAGUACUGCUGCACUGUAACACCAUGUAGUCAGUCAUGUUGUGAAAUGGUGAAACAGCAGAGGAUGAAUCCGAGCAAAGUCAUGAGGAGAAAUAGCAUUCAAAGAGUCAAGAUAUAGAAAAUGAUGUGAUGUUACUAAUUUAUGAAGCAGAUUGACCUGAAUUUGUAUAUUUUGUGUUCAGUCUGUACAGCUUGUGUGUGUUCGAGUGCCUGAGUACUUUACAUUUCUGUGUUCACGUGAGAGGGGAAAGUUCCUUGUAUGUACUGUAAGAUGAAAAGGACGUGUUUUAGUGAGGAUGCAUAUUUUAUUCCUUAUAGGUGCUGAUGUUUAAGAUGAACGAGUCACUGAUUCUUCUCCCUACCAUCGAGAGAGAGAGAGAGACAGGAUUUGACUGAGGUGUUGGAGAUUCUCUUGUAGGAAUGCAAUAGCUACUGCACUGCAAAUCACUAACGUGGAGAUUCUUGACUGAGUUUUUUGUCGUUGAAAUGCAAUUAUGGUACAUUUGUGGUCUCGAAAGUCUCCUGUUAUGUUUGAAUGACUGAUACUGAUAAGUGUUAGUGUGCUGACUCUUCACACUCAUCUUUUAUUAUUAUUUUUUUGUUGCCUAAAUUUACAUUUGUUGCUUUUGGUAACACAGGAUGUGCUGUUGUGUUUCUUUUGCCUUCUUUUCCUAUUUUAAAUCGUCUUAAUAUAAAUCUGCUUAAGAGUUGCACCAAAGCAGUGGUUUCAAACCUAAUUAAAUGAUGCUUUCAUCCAUCAGAUGUGAACAAAGCAGCCUCCUGUAGUUAUUGUGAGGCUGUAGAUUUAUUGUUGUCAUGUGACUUGCCUUUUCAUAGAGCCAUCUUUGAAGUGACGAUGAUUACAAGCUGCCUAUUGUUAAGCUUUUGUCCUUGGCUUUCUACUAAUAGACUUCAGGUUUGGGACCACUGCACUGAAUCGACUCCGUGCUACACUAUGUGAUUGUGUGUGUUUGUGUGAAUGGGCGGUGUGUGUGUGAGUGAGUGUGUAUGUGUGUGUGAGACAAAGACUGAUAAGUUUAGACUUCAUCUAAAAGCUGUGAGAACUACUCUCAUGCUAACUGUUGCCUAAAGUGGAUGAAAAAGGAUUUUAUACAAAAAACACAAACAAUAAAACACUCAUUUUAAAAAAAGGA